CUGAAAUACAAUCUGCAUCCAAGAACGACUCCAUCAUAAAGAGAGCGAUGAAAUACGUCACAAAUGGCUGGCCGCCGACUGGACUCGAUGGUGACUUGAAACAGCUUUACCAUCGUCGGGACUCAUUAUGCGUCGUAAACGAAUGCUUGAUGUUUGGAGAUAGAGUAGUAGUACCAGAAUCCCUAAGAUCAAAGGUGCUAAAGCAAUUCCACACUGGUCAUCCUGGUAUAAAACGAAUGAAAUCCAUCGCCAGAAGCUAUGCUUAUUGGCCCCUCAUGGACCAACAUAUCGUGGAUUUAGUAAGCAAGUGCACACAAUGUCAGCAAGCAGCUAAGUGUAACGCGAAAAUACUACCAGUCCCAUGGCCACAGCCUGAGUAUCCCUGGUACAGGAUACAUGUCGAUUUCGCAGGCCCAAUUAACGGAAUCACCUAUCUAGUUGUUGUCGACGCCUUUUCGAAAUGGCCUGAAAUCAACCCUAUCAUACCGCCAACGACAACUAAAACAAUACAGAUCCUCACAGAAAUUUUCUCUCGAAAUGGUAUACCAGAUGCUAUUGUGUCUGACAACGGGUCACAGUUCACCUCCAGCCAAUUUCAGUCAUUCUGUCAACGACUAGCCAUAAAGCACUUACGCUCGCCACCAUACCACCCGCAGUCGAAUGGGCAAGCAGAAAGGUUUGUGGAUACGUUUAAGAGAGCCUUGGCUAAAACAAAGGGGGAGGGGACGCCAGCAGACGCGUUGCAAAAUUUCUUAUACGUGUAUCGAACAACACCAAAUGAAACGUUGCCGGAGCGAAAGUCCCCAGCCGAGAUCCUAAUGGGAAGAAGACUGAAGACAAUCCACAGCCUGAUGCAUCCAAGGAAUGCACCGACACCAGUACGGACAAAGUUUGAAAAGCAAUCCACGUACGAAGUGGGAUGUCCGGUGUUUGCCCGUAAUUACAGACCGACCCAUAGUCCAUGGACAGAAGCGCGAGUGGUCAAAAGAGUUGGCCGAGUCAUGUACGAAGUUGAGGUAGGUAGUGACAGGUGGCAACGCCAUCGGAAUCAGUUACGCAAACGGUUAGCCCCAGACCGCCCAUCAACAGAAUCAAAUAUUCCUCUUGACAUUCUGCUAGACACAUUCAACUUACCGGCAACCCCACCACAAGAAAAACCUCAACAACAAACUGAAACACGUCCAAGACGGUGGCCUAUCCGAGAACGGCGAGCAACAAUCAGGAUGCAGGUUGACCCCAGGAAAGCCCGCUAUUAAAAAGGGGAGGAGUGUUGGGGACGAUAGAUCCCCAAACUCAUAUUUUAAAAUUUAUCUUAUCGAUCAUCUUAUUGAUUAAAUGUUAGAUAUUUUUAUUGGGGUCAAUUGGUGAACUAAUCGAUUAAAUGUUUGAAUAGCAGUCAAUUGAUGAACUAUCGAUUACAUGCGCAAAUAGGUCAAUUAAUGAACUCAUUGAUUAAUGUUUAAAAAUUUCCUAUGACAAUAUCGAUUGUAAAUAAUUGUAUAAAUACGCUGGACUUGUAUGCUUGAUCUGCCUGCCUGACUUGUUAUCUGCUGUUUGUCUGUAGAAUACACUUUCUACACCUUACCCAGACUUCUUGAUCGAGUUAGCAGAGUUGGGGACAACGGAUCAGAAUAGUGUAUCGAGUCGCUGAAUCAUUGAUCCUUCGUUCGUUCGAGUAAGACGCAUCAGUAAUCGCAUUCAAGCAAUAACGAAACAUAACAAAUUGGCGACGGUGGUUUUGAAUUAUGGACCCUACCAAACUUGAACUGUUACUUGAGCAGCAGCUAAAAUUGAUGCAAAUGUUAAUUGAGACCAAGGUUACGCCUCCUUUACAGCCAAGCACGUCGAGCUCAACCACGGCACCAUCGGUAGAUGGCAUCGCAAACAGCAUAGCUGAAUUUCAUUACGAUCCUGAUUCUAAUGUUACUUUUGAGAUGUGGUUCAGGCGUUAUGAAGAUCUAUUUAAAUUUGAUUUCGCCAAUCAAGAUGAUGCUUGGAAAGUGCGGCUGCUACUUCGUAAACUGGGUGCAAAUGAGCUGGACAAGUAUUGCAAUCUGAUCUUGCCGUUGAACCCACGUGAUCGAUCAUUUGCAGACACAGUUCAAACAUUAAUCCAACAUUUUGGCGAUAACUCGUCACUGUUUAAUACUCGUUAUCGUUGCUUGAAGCUGACCAUGAACGAAGAUGAUGAUUUUCUUACGCAUGUGGGCGUCGUCAACCGUGAAUGCGAACGCUUCCGGUUAAAGUCCUUGACUGAAGAUCAGUUUAAAGCCCUGAUCCUUAUUUGCAGCCUACAGCACCAAAAGUUCAGUGACUUACGAACAAGGCUACUAAGUCGUUUGGAUCAAGAACCGAAACUCACCCUGAGUGAUAUAGCUAAUGAAUAUCAACGUCUCAUUAAUCUUCAACGAGACACUUCUAUGGUCCAGAGUGGUGGUUCUAGCCGAUUUGAAGUACGAGCGGUGCAACAGACGCCUCACAAAAACAAACACGUCCCCGCUUCAUCCAGUCCAUCUCACUCCAGCUCUAGACGACAGACUAAAGCAACCCCUCCUGCUCCUUGCUGGCAAUGUGGUGCAUGGCACUACGUUCGAAACUGACCAUUUAAUCAACAUCGAUGCAAGAAGUGUAAGGUUAUUGGCCAUAAGGAUGGGUUUUGUCUGACGAAGAAGACUCCAAGUCAAUCAAGAAAUACCAAAAAGACCUGUCCUAGAUCCCGCACCAUUUCAUUGAGCUUAGUAUCUUCGUGUCAAAGCUCAUCACCGUGUCAGAGAAAAUUUAUUACUGUUAACAUUAAUGGGCAUUCAUUUAGAUUGCAAAUAGACACUGCAUCUGAUGUAACAAUUCUCUCACGAAAAUAUUGGAUCAGAAUGAGAAGACCACGCAUGGUUCCAACAACACAAAAACCUCGAACUGCAUGCGGUAAUUACCUACGUUUGUUGGGACAACUAGAUUGUAAAGUGUCUUUUCACGAUUCAACGUUUACCGGUGUAUGUUACAUCACACCAGCUGAUCUUAAUCUACUUGGGUUAGACUGGUUUGACCAGCUACAUUUAGCUGACGUUCCUUUAAGCACCGUAUGCCAUCUGGUGAAACAACCUCAUGAACCUGAAGCAUAUUCGAAAGAACUAAUGACGCAGUUUUCAACUAUUUUCCAACCUGGAUUGGGUCGCUGCUCUGUCAUGAAAGCAACACUUCGAUUGAAAACUGGGGCUAAGCCUGUUUUUCGCCCAAAGAGACCUGUCCCUUAUGCAACAUUACAAACAGUAGAUGAAGAAUUGAACCGCCUUCAACAACAAGGAGUUAUCACUCCCGUUUCCUACUCUGCAUGGGCAGCACCUAUCGUGGUUAUUAAGAAGACCAACGGCACGAUACGUAUAUGUGCUGACUUUUCAACAGGUCUCAAUGCAGCUCUGGAACAACAUCAUUAUCCCUUGCCUGUUCCCGCAGACCUAUUUACCAUGCUGAAUGGGGGAAGAUUUUUCGCUAAGCUGGAUCUAGCUGAUGCUUAUUUGCAAGUGGAAGUAGACGAAGAAUCAAGAGAGCUGUUAACUAUCAAUACUCAUCGUGGUUUAUUCCAGUAUAACCGUCUACCUUUCGGAGUCAAAACUGCACCAUCUAUUUUCCAACAGCUAAUGGAUACCAUCCUAUCAGGUAUCCCGGGAGUCGCGGCUUAUUUGGAUGACAUUUUAAUUGUAGCAACGACAUUAGAACAACUACGAGAACGCACGACAUUGGUACUGCAACGCAUCAGUGACAACGGGUUCCGGUUACGCCCAGAGAAAUGCCAGUUUCAUUUGCAGUCGGUAAAGUACUUGGGGUUCAUUUUCGAUGCCGAUGGCCGCAGGCCGGAUCCUGAGAAUAUCCGAGCUAUCAAACUGAUGCCAACCCCUACUAAUGUCUCAUCACUACGUUCCUUCCUGGGACUUGUCAGCUAUUACUCAGCGUUCGUUCCAUCGAUGCAUGAUAUUCGCGCUCCACUCAAUAGCUUACUGCAGAAGAACAGCUCUUGGAACUGGACUAAACAAUGUGACGCUGCCUUUUGUAAACUGAAGUCCAUUAUUAGUUCGGAAUUGCUGUUGACACACUACGAUCCAGCCAUGCCGAUCAUCGUAGCUGCAGACGCUUCAGCGCAUGGCCUAGGCGCUGUUAUCUCCCAUCAGUUUCCGGAUGCGUCGGAAAAAGCCAUUAUGCAUGCAGCCCGUACACUAACCCCAGCAGAAAGAAAGUACAGUCAAAUAGAAAAAGAGGCUCUGGCUCUUGUGUUUGCAGUACGCCGUUUCCACAAAUUCUUGUACGGUCGAAGAUUUACUCUUCUCACUGAUCACAAGCCUCUUCUCACAAUUUUCGGUUCGAAAUCUGGUGUUCCAGCCCAUUCUGCAAACCGUCUCCAACGAUGGGCUUUGAUACUUCUGGGUUAUGAUUUUGACAUUCAGUAUCGGCGCACUCAACAGUUUGGUCAGGCUGACGCCUUGUCACGACUUAUCAGCGAACACCAUACGGCCGGCGAAGAUACAGUUAUCGCCUCCCUGAUGACAGAGGACUACGCGCAGUGCUACCUGACAACUGCUAUUCGUGCUUUGCCAGUCUCAGCAGCUGAAAUACAAUCUGCAUCCAAGAACGACUCCAUCAUAAAGAGAGCGAUGAAAUACGUCACAAAUGGCUGGCCGCCGACUGGACUCGAUGGUGACUUGAAACAGCUUUACCAUCGUCGGGACUCAUUAUGCGUCGUAAACGAAUGCUUGAUGUUUGGAAAUAGAGUAGUGGUACCAGAAUCCCUAAGAUCAAAGGUGCUAAAGCAAUUCCACACUGGUCAUCCUGGUAUAAAACGAAUGAAAUCCAUCGCCAGAAGCUAUGCUUAUUGGCCCCUCAUGGACCAACAUAUCGUGGAUUUAGUAAGCAAGUGCACACAAUGUCAGCAAGCAGCUAAGUGUAACGCGAAAAUACUACCAGUCCCAUGGCCACAGCCUGAGUAUCCCUGGUCCAGGAUACAUGUCGAUUUCGCAGGCCCAAUUAACGGAAUCACCUAUCUAGUUGUUGUCGACGCCUUUUCGAAAUGGCCUGAAAUCAACCCUAUCAUACCGCCAACGACAACUAAAACAAUACAGAUCCUCACAGAAAUUUUCUCUCGAAAUGGUAUACCAGAUGCUAUUGUGUCUGACAACGGGUCACAGUUCACCUCCAGCCAAUUCCAGUCAUUCUGUCAACGACUAGCCAUAAAGCACUUACGCUCGCCACCAUACCACCCGCAGUCGAAUGGGCAAGCAGAAAGGUUUGUGGAUACGUUUAAGAGAGCCUUGGCUAAAACAAAGGGGGAGGGGACGCCAGCAGACGCGUUGCAAAAUUUCUUAUACGUGUAUCGAACAACACCAAAUGAAACGUUGCCGGAGCGAAAGUCCCCAGCCGAGAUCCUAAUGGGAAGAAGACUGAAGACAAUCCACAGCCUGAUGCAUCCAAGGAAUGCACCGACACCAGUACGGACAAAGUUUGAAAAGCAAUCCACGUACGAAGUGGGAUGUCCGGUGUUUGCCCGUGAUUACAGACCGACCCAUAGUCCAUGGACAGAAGCGCGAGUGGUCAAAAGAGUUGGCCGAGUCAUGUACGAAGUUGAGGUAGGUAGUGACAGGUGGCAACGCCAUCGGAAUCAGUUACGCAAACGGUUAGCCCCAGACCGCCCAUCAACAGAAUCAAAUAUUCCUCUUGACAUUCUGCUAGACACAUUCAACUUACCGGCAACCCCACCACAAGAAAAACCUCAACAACAAACUGAAACACGUUCAAGACGGUGGCCUAUCCGAGAACGGCGAGCAACAAUCAGGAUGCAGGUUGACCCCAGGAAAGCCCGCUAUUAAAAAGGGGAGGAGUGUUGGGGACGAUAGAUCCCCAAACUCAUAUUUUAAAAUUUAUCUUAUCGAUCAUCUUAUUGAUUAAAUGUUAGAUAUUUUUAUUGGGGUCAAUUGGUGAACUAAUCGAUUAAAUGUUUGAAUAGCAGUCAAUUGAUGAACUAUCGAUUACAUGCGCAAAUAGGUCAAUUAAUGAACUCAUUGAUUAAUGUUUAAAAAUUUCCUAUGACAAUAUCGAUUGUAAAUAAUUGUAUAAAUACGCUGGACUUGUAUGCUUGAUCUGCCUGCCUGACUUGUUAUCUGCUGUUUGUCUGUAGAAUACACUUUCUACACCUU